AACCGCUAAUAAACUUGAAGAAAAUGACGAAGAAUGAGCAGCAGAAGAAAAGAAAGAGAAGAAGACUGUCCUGACGGCAGCUUGAAUAAGCUUGAACACGUGAAUAAAAGACGGGACAUUGAAAAGUAACCAAAUGGAUGAAGCAGUAGUGCACAAGCCAAUUCCUUGUGACCUUGUAAAAGUUCUUGGUGUUGAGCCUCAGAUUUACUCCAAAGCUGAGACUUUCACCCAAGCAUUCCUGAAGAAUAAUGCUCACCUAAAUGAUACAAAAAGUGUGCUGAGUCAUAAAGCGGUGAUCUUGGAGUACUCCAGGCCAAAGAAAAAGACGUCCACUAAAAUGAAAGCCAAAGGAAUGAAUGCUCAGCAGAAAAGGGAAAUGAAGAUCUUCCACGUAAAAAGUGAACACCAGAGGUAUGAGCUUUUCUUACCAUUGCACGAACUCUGGAAACAAUAUAUUAUUCAUCUCUGCAAUGGACUAAAUCCAACAAGCAGUCCUCAGUCUGUGCAGAAGAAACUAGUGAAGGCGGACUUUCAUGGUGCCAUCAUCAUAGUGGUUCGGUCCAAAUGUCCUUCGUACGUAGGCACUACCGGAAUUGUGAUUCAGGAGUUCAAACAUGUGUUCAAAAUCAUGACAAAACAAGACAGAGUUAAAGUAAUUCCAAAGAGGAACAGCGUAUUUGAAGUGGAGAUAAAUGGCUUCAGCUCUUACAUCUACGGAAACAAGUUUGAGUAUCGAGCCAGCGAACGCUCAGCAAAGAAGUUCAAAAUCAGUGGAAGCAUUGACCUAUGAAAGCAGUGUGAUGGAUGUCCAUUCCAUUUUGACUGGGAGCAUAAAAUUUUCAUUGAAUAUAUUCAUGUUCUUCUUUGGGGAGGGCACUAACUAAAAUUGCUACACUGCUUUGUUAUUCGUGGAUGGAUCGGAAUCAAAUUUGGUAGGUAUAUUGUGGGCAUGUAUACACUAGGGGCGUGCCAUUUUAGGUAUCCCACAAUUCGAUUUAGAUUCAUGGUGCUACGAUUCGAUUAUUGAAUGAGGAUCACGGUAUUGACAAUGAUCACGGUUAUCACAAUUAUCGAUGCAUCAUACAUUACUAGUAGCCAAACACAUUUAUGUCCAAUAUUUAUUUAAAAUAUCCUAAUGAUUCAACAAGAAUGAUGGAAACAUGCCCAUACAACAAAAAGCUACCCUUAAACUGUUUUUUUUUUUUUUUUUUU